CAGACGGAAUCAUUCCCCAAUGCCUGGAAAUCCCUCACUGGAUUACUGUGUUGUAAACAGAGUUUUGUGAACAGCCGUUUAUCUCCAAGCAGAAAGAAAGAUGUGGAAAGCUUCAGCAGGCCACGCUGUGUCCAUCACCCAGGAUGACGUGGGGGCCGAUGACUGGGAGACCGACCCCGAUUUUGUGAAUGAUGUGAGUGAGAAGGAGCAAAGAUGGGGUGCCAAGACCGUGCAGGGCUCCGGGCACCAGGAGCAUAUCAACAUCCACAAGCUGAGGGAGAACGUCUUUCAAGAACAUCAGACUCUUAAGGAGAAGGAACUUGAAACAGGACCCAAAGCCUCCCACGGCUAUGGAGGGAAAUUUGGUGUGGAACAAGACCGAAUGGAUAAGUCAGCUGUCGGCCACGAAUAUCAGUCGAAACUUUCCAAGCACUGCUCACAGGUAGACUCGGUCCGCGGCUUCGGAGGCAAGUUUGGUGUCCAGAUGGACAGAGUUGAUCAGUCUGCCGUAGGCUUUGAAUACCAGGGGAAGACUGAGAAGCACGCCUCCCAGAAAGACUACUCCAGUGGUUUUGGCGGCAAGUACGGCGUGCAGGCUGACCGAGUAGACAAGAGCGCGGUGGGCUUCGACUACCAGGGCAAAACGGAGAAGCACGAGUCACAGAGAGAUUACUCCAAAGGUUUCGGUGGCAAAUACGGCAUCGACAAGGACAAAGUGGAUAAGAGCGCCGUUGGCUUUGAGUAUCAAGGCAAAACGGAGAAGCACGAGUCCCAGAAAGACUAUGUGAAAGGGUUUGGAGGAAAGUUUGGUGUGCAGACAGACAGACAAGACAAAUGUGCCCUUGGCUGGGAUCACCAGGAGAAAUUGCAGCUGCAUGAAUCCCAAAAAGAUUAUAAGACUGGUUUCGGAGGCAAAUUCGGUAUUCAGUCGGAGAGGCAGGACUCCGCUGCUGUGGGGUUUGAUUACAAGGAGAAGUUGGCCAAGCACGAGUCCCAGCAAGACUACUCCAAAGGAUUCGGCGGGAAGUAUGGGGUGCAGAAGGAUCGGAUGGAUAAGAACGCGUCCACCUUUGAGGAUGUCACCCAGGUGUCCUCUGCCUACCAGAAGACAGUACCUGUUGAAGCCGUGACCAGCAAAACAAGUAACAUCAGAGCUAACUUUGAAAACCUCGCUAAGGAGAAGGAGCAGGAGGACAGGCGGAAGGCGGAGGCAGAGAGAGCCCAGCGGAUGGCGAAGGAGCGGCAGGAGCAGGAAGAGGCCAGGAGGAAGCUGGAGGAGCAAGCCAGAGCCAAAACGCAAACGCCCCCUGCGUCGCCUGCACCUCAGCCAACCGAGGAGAGGCUGCCCUCGAGCCCCGUCUAUGAGGACGCGGCUUCCUUCAAGGCAGAGCUGAGCUACAGAGGCCCUGUGAGUGAGACAGAGCCGGAGCCCUUGUACAGUGUGGAGGCCGCUGACUAUCGAGAGGCCGGCAGCCAGCAGGGCCUGGCCUACGCCACAGAGGCUGUCUACGAAAGCGCAGAGGCCCCAGGCCACUAUCCCACAGAGGACAGCACCUACGACGAGUACGAGAAUGACCUGGGGAUCACAGCCGUCGCCCUGUACGACUACCAGGCUGCGGGUGAUGAUGAGAUCUCAUUUGACCCCGAUGACAUCAUCACCAACAUCGAAAUGAUUGACGAUGGCUGGUGGCGUGGGGUGUGCAAGGGCCGGUACGGGCUCUUCCCAGCCAACUACGUGGACCUGCGGCAGUAGGGCCCCCAGCCCCCAGCCCCCGGAGCUGCGCCCCGGACCCUCACACUACAGAUCAGGCCUUCUUUGGUUCUUGGGUUUUGGGUUUUUUUGUUUUUUUUGUUUUUUUUUGAAGGUGGGGAGGAGAAUAUACACAUUGCUUUUAUAUUUAAUACUUUUGCUGAUGCUUUUGAAAAUGUUUAUGCCACAGAAUUUGCUAAUAUAUUGUAAUCACAUUCCUUAGGAGGACUUUGGUAAUUGGUUUUAUGCAUUGAUGGAUUGUUUUAUUUUUUGCCAAAUUGACUGUCACACGCGGCAGCUUCAGGGAGCUCGCAUUGUCUUGAGUGCGUGUUGCCCUCGUGCUCAUCAAGUGCAGUCGGGGCCUCCCACGACAAGCACGAGGCCUCAGGUGGGCCCUGUGGCGGGUAGGCAGGAAGGACUGUCCCAGACGAGGGCUCCCUCUAGAGUCUCAGUGUUUGGGGGGAGAGGGGCGGGCCUGCUGGAGGUUAACACGGAGCUAAGUCACCCAGAACAUAGGAGCUGCCACGUCAGAUGGGAAAUCUGCCUGUGUCAUACCGUGACAGCCCGCGGGAUCAGGAAACUUACUUCCUUCCUGAGGAGCCGGGAGGCUGGACCAGUCCCGUCAUGCAGUCAGGUGGGCGGUGUGUCGUUCCAGAAGGUCCCAUGGAAAUGUCUCGGGACUUGGGUCCCGGAGCACCCGUGAAGCGCGUGUUUUUGCUUCUGAGGUGCGUUUCUCAUCCUUGCUUUACCACAAUGAGCAAUGAGGUCGGGUUUUAUAUGCAACUUAUUGUAUCUGAAUUCCUGUAGCACACCUCAUAGGUAUGAUUUUUUUAAAUUAAAGAAUUCAGAAUAAACUUUUUUUGAUCCACUUG